AUGCAGACCCAUACUCGAUUCAAAGAUCACCUAAACAAGGCUAAAGUUGAUGGGGAUAACGGGAUCCAGGCCAUGUUGCAUGAAAAGAAGAAAAGGCAGAAAACAGAACGAAACAAGCGUCUUCUCCGAUGGCAGAUUGUCCAUGUUCAUAUCCUCGAAUUGAUCAUGUCGUGUGUUGAACGCACGUAUCCGUCCAAACAAAUUGCGAGGAGAGCGAGGACCAAAGAAGUUCCUACAUUCUGGAAACAACCAUCAGUGUCCUCGCCACCAGAGGACUAG